ACACACACACACACACACACACACACACACACACACACACACACACACACAUGCACACAUAUGCAGGACCUUUCCUUGUGAGUAGCGCAAGACCAGCAGUCUGACGGUUGGUUGUGGAGAGCUUCAGUAAGGACUUGAUUCUCUGAGGACUAAGACACUCUUUUGGAGCCGCUAAAUCAAAAUGGACUCUGAUUCGGACUCUCCGUUUAACUACUCCUGGCCUUCGUUCCCAAGGAUGAGGAUACGCAGGAGGACAAACAAACCAGAGAAAUCCUGCUCUCCCACAGCUUCCUCCAAGCAAGGACACACACGCACACACCCCACCGCGUCUGCUGCGGCACGCCUCAGUGCCAUGCUUAAUGGGAAAGGACAGAUUAACGACCCUGAAGAGAAGAUGCCAGUUGCCGGGGUGACGAGCGGCAGCACGACCACAGACGGGGAGACGGGCUCUGCUCCACCCGGUGCCACGGAUACGCCCCCUCCUGGUGGAGAAGAAAAGCACUUUAUCUCUCCCUCUCUCUCCUCCCCCUCUCCUCUCUCAUCCCCUUCUCCCGCUGACAUGGCGCUAGCCAGACUACUGCGCUCCUCACGCUCCGAACCCACCAAUCAGGCGCAGAGCCUGCCCUCAGGGUCAUGUGACCUCAGCCUCAGCCCCACACUGGUAGCCCUGGAGGUGGACAGUGAGGAAGAGGAGGAUGAGAUCCUGAUGAAAACGGCACUGCCCAGCGGAGACGAGAGGGACAGUGCUGACCAUGCCCCCGAGCUGACUUGCACACGCACUCUUUCCGCCUCCUCCGCCCAGAGCCACGCCCCUACAAAGAACACGGCGGAUCAUGGGGUGCGUCUGCGCUCCUACUCGUACUCCUGCCCGAAGAUCAGCCUGCUGCCCCCUCGUUUCAGCCGAGAGGCACACACACACACCCCCGAAAACACACCAGAUGGCGCCUUCUCCAGCAGCAGUGGCAGUCGGUCUCUCUUGCAGGCUCUUUCUCUGUCUAAAUCUCUCUACAUCCUCAACCCUGUUAAGCAGAGAGUGCUUGGCCUCACUGAAUCAGCACAGGAGAAAAGGGAGUUGAGGUUCCGCAGGAGAGCUCAGUCGGCCGAGGACGAGUCCAAUGUGGAGCUGGCCGACUCCCUCCAGCACCUCACACUCUCCGAGUUCCUCAAAGAGAUUGAGGAGGAGGAGUGGGACAGGUACAUCAUCCCCUCCAAGAACGAGUCGGAGAAGUACAAAGUCAGCCGGACAUUCAGCUUCCUCAAGAGCCGCAUGUCCAGCACACGCAACAAAAACAAGGGAAAGGCGAAGGACCGCGAGGGGAAAGACAGGCAGUCCAACGGCCACCUCUUCUCCUCCGGGUCCUGCGCUGGACAGUCUGUCUGCCUGGUGUGUGACAAGCCAGCCACGGGGAAGGAGUUGCUGCACUGCUCUAACUGUACUCUCACAGUCCAUAAAGGCUGUCGGGACUCUGCCACACCAUGCCUCAAGAAACUCCAGGAUAAAUAUUCAGUUUCCAAUAUAAAGUCCAGAACAUCAUCUCUACCACAAAACUUUACUGUGCGUGAGAGUACUAGUGUGUCUACCACUGCGUCACUCCCCGUGAUGGUAUCCCGGGACAACCGCAAAGACUCCUCCUUCCAGGCCAGUACCCUGUCUAGGAGCGUUCCCACACCAUCAGAACGCCUCAGCGAGAGUCCAGAAGGAGACACGGACUCCGCAUCUUGGAGAAACCACAGCCAAUCAGAUGAGACUCUCCAGAAAGCAGAGUCAUCCACAUCCACGGAUUCCUCCAUUGUAGAGGAUGUGGUGGACUCCCCACUGCAGAGUGAGCUGGACGCAGACGCCGCGGAGCUGGAGGCAGAGUCCUGGAGCCUGGCCGUGGACACACAUUUCAGCAAGGGCCAGGACAAGCUCAUCAUCAAGAGACAGGACGUCAUCUACGAGCUGAUGCAGACGGAACUGCACCAUGUCCAGACGCUGUCCAUCAUGGCCGAGGUCUUUAGGCGGGGCCUGAGAGAGGAAGUGCAGCUAGACGCUGACGCCAUUGGUCGGAUCUUCCCCUGCCUGGACGAGCUCGUACCUCUGCACCGGGACUUCUUGUCCGCCAUGAGAGAGCGGCGCCAUAGCUACGCCCACCUAGACGGGGACAGGAACUACAUCAUCCAUCGCAUCGGGGACAUACUUCUACAACAGUUCUCUGGUGAAAAUGCGGAAAGGAUGAAGCAGGUGUACGGUCAAUUCUGUGGUCACCACACCGAGGCCGUCAGCUUCUUCAAGGAACUGCAACAGCAGAACAAACGCUUCCAGACUUUCAUCAAACAACAGAGCAGUAACUCGCUGGUGCGGAGGAGGGAGAUACCAGAAUGCAUUCUACUGGUGACACAGCGCAUCACUAAGUACCCAGUCCUCCUGGAGAGAAUUCUGCAGUACACGCAAGAGGGCACAGUUGAGCACGCUGAGGUGUCCCGCUCACUGGUGCUGAUCCGAGAGCUGAUCGCAGCGGUGGACCAGCAGGUGCGCCAGUGCGAGCAGGAGCAGCGUCUGCAGGAGGUUCUGACCCGGCUGGAGAACAAGAGCACCGCCAAGCUGAAGAACGGACACACCUUCCGCAAGCAGGACCUACCAGCCCGCGGACGCACACUCACACACCAGGGCGUCGUCUACUGGAAGACCGCCACCGGCAGGCUGAAAGACGUGCUGGCUCUGUUGCUAACAGACACACUCAUCUUCCUCCAGGAGAAAGAUCAGAAGUACACCUUCGCCGCUGUGGACCAGAAGCCCCCGGUGAUCUCUCUGCAGAAGCUGAUUGUGCGUGAGGUGGCCAAUGAGGAGCGAGGCAUGUUCCUGAUCAGCGCCUCCUCUGCAGGCCCAGAGAUGUACGAGGUGCACACCGCCUCCAGAGACGACCGGAACACCUGGAUGAGACUCAUCAGGGAGGCCGUGGAGAGCUGUCCAGAGGAAGAUGAGGAGAAUACCAGUGAGUCUGAGGAGGAGAAGCGCGUCUCUGAAGCCAGAGUGCAGAAGAUUCAGCAGAUACAGGAAUCUCUGGCCAGUCAGGACCAGCUGAUCUGUUCCUCUCUGGAGGAGAAGCUGCAGAUCUACUCGGAGCUCAACUCGCUCUGUGGAGCCGGAGCUCCUGGAACGUCGGAACCGGAGACCCGUCUGCUGGUGCGGCCGAACCCAGAGGAUGCUCCGCAGGCCACUACGCUGCUGGAUGCCGCACUCAGAGAGGUGGAGACCCUGAAGGCCACUCUGUUGUUCUACUGUGAGUCUCUCUCCACCCCCCCUCUCAGUCAGAGCCCUAACCUCUCAGUGGAGCUGACCCCCCCACGAAGCCCCAAAGCCUCUCCCGACCAGGAGCCCUCCCCACUGGACUACUCCCUACAGGAGGAGGACCCCUUCAGUCCCCACACCCCCACAUCGCCCCACACACCUGCAGAUGACCCACUGAACGUCAACGUGAAGGUGUGUCAGAGUGUCCAGAGUCUGACCCAGUUACUCUACAGUCUGCAGGCUGCAGUCACCAUACAGGACAGCUGCUAUGAGAUCCAGAAGGUUCUCCUCUCCUCCAGUCCCCGCCCCUCUCCGCCUGGCCCCUCCCACACCCGCCAGGGCUCCUCCUCCUCCACAUCCCCGCCAAGCAGGUGUCGCGGGCGGGGUCUCCUUGUAACGCUGCUGGGAGCAAGAGCAAAGCGCGAGGCGGAACGGCGGCGCGAGGAGCUGGCCAACGUGGCGCGUCUGCGGGCGCUGGUCGCUCAGGAGCGUCAGCAGUGGGAGCGCGAGCGCAGCGCCCGGCAGCUCCAGCAGGAGGCCACGGAGAGCCGGCUGGAGGAGCGCGAGCAGCACUGCCACCUAGAGGCUGAGAGGCUGCAGCGCGAGCGCCAGCAACUGGACGAGCAGCAGCAGGACUACCAGCUCAGCCUGGAGCGGCUUAGAGAGGGGCAGCGCAGUGUCCAGAGGGAGCGCCAGCGACUGGACACACUGAGGGCCCUGGUCAUACCUCUGGACGCCAUACCGGACAUGGAUGGGCCUCUUCCUGAAGUGGGCUCUGUGUUUGUCAAUGAGGCGGCGUUCCACACAUCCUCCCUCAACAACCGGCACCUUCAUCAUCAUCAUCAUCAUCGUCGUCAUCAUCAUCCGCACGGCGUCCAGCCCAGUCUGAGCCUGCCAACGCGGGCCGGACCGCUGGUCACACCAGACCCGCUCUCACACACACACAACAGCAUCAACUCCCUGCUGGACCGCUCCGCCCAGUGCACACACUCUCUCACACACGGCUCCCACCCUGCUGCUGACACAACACACGCCAGAACAGCAAGCCUGUCGGCAGACCAACCUGGCAACGAACUGAGCAUGUCCAGCAUCGGCAGGGAGGGCUGGUCACCAGGGACGACCUUUCCGAGUUACUCCCACCCCUUCCUGUUGGACCCGUACAUCACCAUGGAAACGGAGGUUGGGGAGGAUGGCGUGGAGGAGAACAUUGUCUAUCUCUGACAUCCCAACAACACUCAUAAAGAAAGACUCACAGAAACGAUCAGAAAUACUCAAGACAGUGCACGACUCCUCAACAGAUCCGGGGCUCAUGUGGGCCAGAGCCCACCCAGUUGCCUGAUUAGUUUCACACACCACGGCAUACUGCUUCAGACCCCUGUGCACUAACACACCACACACUGCUUCAGAUCCCUGUGCACUAACACACCACAAACUGCUUCAGAUCCCUGUGCUGCUGUGCACUGCAUGUACAAUCAGUCAGAAUGAGGAGGCCUGGUGUGGAAUGUCUUAAAGGUGUUUCUAAUGGUACACAUUUUAGUUGGCUUCAUGGAACUUUAAACUCAGUUAGAGUCGGUUGGUUACUAGUGGCUGGGCUUUAAAGCCACAGUCUGUGAUUCUGGCGAAAGGUUGUUGAUAUUUAAACUCAUCAGCCAAUCAGAUUGUACCCCUUCCUAGUCCCUACCAUGAUCCAUAAGCACCAUGUUUGUUGAAAUAGAGUUACGGGCUGUGCAUUUAAAGGAGCACUGAAGAGCCCCCAGGGGGGAACAGUAUGUUUGCACUGCUGAGUCACACACACACACACACACACACACACACACACACACACACAUAUAGAGAGAGAGACUGAGUUUUUAUGCAGGAGCAGUAAAGUUUAUGGUGCGUGGCGUGUGAUUAAGUGUGGAAAGAAAGAGAGAGCAAGAGAGUUAAUGAGAGAAGAGAGAGAAAAGAGGGAGGGAGGGAAGGAAAGAGGAGUGUCAUUGUUUAAUAUGGGAGUGCUCGAUCCUCGCUGAAUUUGGCCUCAUCCUCAACCACAACUGCCUUGCAUUUAAAGUAUGCAUAAAUGUGUGUGUGUGUCAAGAUUACGUAAAUUGAGCAACCUGAUUCUGUCGCUUCUGUUCGCAAGCACUGAGGCACAUCGUCCACCCUUGAGUAGAACCCCAGACACACACAUACACACAUGCACACACACACACACACUGGAAAACGCUGUGGAGAUCAAACUUCAAAUGACUCUCGGUUCAUUAGGACUAAGUCAUACGGAUCCCAAUGGCCAGAGAAGGACCAUUCUGUUGAGUGACCUAAUGUUCUCUGAAUCCCUGAGAGCGCUGAAGUGAUUGACAGAUCCUGGCUAACUACCAAAUACGUGCAAUCACAAUCUCAGCCCGGCCUCCAAGCACUCGGAUAACGCCCGCUUGGUUUUGAAGGCAUGUGUCAAAAACACUUCCUGAUUGCUUCUUCAGCGAGGAAGACUUAAUCUGGAUCAUUUUUUGUCUUUCCUUUUACUCUAUUUUGUUUUGUUUUGUUUUUGUGUUUACUGUUUUGACAUGUGUCACUGUGGAAACUCUGCCGUGUUCCGAGGUUGAUUAGCAUGCCAUGCACAAACAAACAAACACACACACACACACACACACACACACACACGCACGCACAUCAUAAAUAUUUACCAGCAUCAAAAAUAGAAGCUCCCCAAACAAGACGACACGUAUGCUGUUCCGCGUCGUUCCUCCCCCAAUUGGAGUACCGGAGAACCUUGUCCCAGAUUACUCAUCCGGAGGUUCUCGGCACUACCGGUGCCGCUGCAUGGUGUAAUUGGCACGGCGGUUUGGGGUUGGCAUAACUAAUAGCAGAUGCAAGUCACAUUCAUAUUCCCGGGAAGUGUGAAAUAGGCCUCCUAUUUGCAUUGACAGAUUGCUCCGAUGAGGCCAAAACAGGUUUGGAAUAAUGUCACACUGCAGGGACCUGUGUGUGUGUGUGCGUGUGUGUGUGUGUGCUGCGUGUGUGUGUGUGUGUGUGUGUGCGCGGCUGUGGUAUCUAAUGAAUGUGCCAGACAUUUGCAAAUUGAAAAAUAAAAAUUGUAGUAUGUGUGCCUGUGGUAUCUAAUGUGUGCAUGUAAGAUGAGCAUGCAGUGUGUGUGUGUGUGUGUGUGUGUGUGCGGCUGUGGUAUCUAAUG